AUGGAACGGGUACCGACCUUAGAACAAAUAGAAAACUCUGUACAAGUACUAGAGAAUAAAAUAAUUGCUGAUCAUCAAAAAAUUGCUAAAGAAUUGGAACCUUUAAUUGAAUUUAUUGAUUUCAGACGAAUUCAAGGUCUAAUAUUAGUUGAUAUUAUUGAGCCACUAGAAAUUGUUCCAACUAAAAUUAUUUUAAAUGUAUAUCGAUAUAAUACAAAAUCAAUUAAUUCCGAUAGAAAUUAUAUUCGAGGAGUACCCAUUUAUUUCAAUUAUAUUUGGGAUGAUACAGCAUGUGGAUCAAAACUUAUUAUUGAGGAUAAUGGAAAA